GCCCCUCCCCCACUCAUGUUCUGAGUCUCUCUCUCUGUUAUUAAAUAAAUAUUAAGAAAAAAAAUAAGUGUAAAUGAAUAUGAAUCCUUGCAGUCAGGCAGUUUGGAAACACGUACCAACAAUUUUAAAUUAUUCAUUCCUUUUUACCUAGUAAUUCUACUUCCAGGAAUCCACCCUAAGAAAACCACCAAGCUGAAUCGUUUUGUUUUCUGCUGCACAUGAGACAUUAUAGCAAGUCCAUUGCGGUGUUGGGCUGCCGUUGCGUCAUAAUGUACGUUUAGUAUGUGGCAUGACAGUGGGUGCCAGUUCAUAAUAAAACGCUAAACGAAAAUAAGUACAAAAAAAUACCUAUAUGAUAUGUACAUACGCAUCGUUAACAGACCGUGAUUUCUGUGGGUGGUGGGAUUGUGAUUUUCUCGUCGUCUUUUCCUCAGUUUUUAUAAUCAGCACUUAUUAAUUUUAUAAUCAGAAACAAAACCUCGGUGUCUUCCGGGUUGCGUGUGUGGUUGAUGCUGUUUCCAUCGCGCUUGGGGCGGCAGGGAUCCCGCCGCCGGAUCUCCUGAAGAAGUACGGCCUAGCCCCCCAGGGCCAGGGACGCUAGGGGCCCUGGAGCUGGCGGUUACUAAGUCGAGAAGUGGCGCCGCCCCUCGGAGGCUUGGUCCCGCCCCAGAGCGCAAGGUGGAGAGACCUCCGGAAGGUGGCACGGGUGGGGGCAGCCCUCGCCAACAAGUGUCACCAUGCAGUCAGCGAAGAAAUUCUCCUGCAAGGUUUCCUGUGGUAGUUUAUCGUCCCAGCAGUCCAGGGCCUCCUGCCUGGACCAGGACUCCGCUUUCUCACUCAACUCCCCGCUUCCGACCCUCCACUGGCCCUCCAUCUCUAACCCGGAUGAGUGGGGCCAGAAGGCUUUAGGGAGCUACUACGAGUUGUUUGCGGCGGCGCUGGGCAACCUAAAAUGGUUGCGGUUCUGUCUGAGUCAGCACCGUGAGGAAAUCCCAGCAGAUGACAAGGGUUUCACUGCCAUCCACUUCGCAGCCCAGAGUGGCAAGCUUGCAUGCCUGCAGGUCUUGGUAGAGGAGUACAAGUUUCCCGUAGACCUGCCCACCAACAAUGGCCAGACACCCUUGCACCUGGUCAUCCAUGGGGACAACAAGACCAUGACACUCCCCUGCAUUCACUAUCUGCUUCAGCAAGGGGCGGCCCUCAACACUCAGACUAGCAAUGGCUCCACACCCCUCCACCUGGCGGCCUGCCGGGGCCUGCUGAACUGCGUGAAGGUCCUGGUGCAAAAUGGUGCCGAUGUCCAUGCCCGAGAUGCCAUGGGCUGCAAACCCAUCGACUACUGCAAAAUAUGGACCCACCGUGACUGUGCCAGGUUCUUGAAAGAUGCCAUGUGGAAACGGGACAAGAAGGACUUUGCUUGUGAGAUGGGGAAACUGAAGAGGCUCAAGGACCAGCUGGCCCUCAUGGAACAGGACUACCUGACUGAGUACCAAAAAGAGCACCAAAUUCUGAGGGAAGCUGAUUUCAAGAGGUGGCUCCAGGGCAAGCAGCUGCCCCGGGGCCGAUCGCUGACCCAGAGCGCCAAUCUCGAGCCCUGUGCCCCACGCCAGGCUAUUGCCCUCUCCAAAGCGGCCAAGCAGCAGGGAUUGAGGCCUCUCAAGAACUUCUACCCCUCCCCGGAGGCGUGCCUGCGACUGACACCGCAGCCCAAGCUGCAGCCCUUGAGGACACGCACGUCCACCUACACGCAGCCCAAGGUCAAGCGGCCCAAGUCAUGGAACGUCAGCAACAACCCUGCCAGACCCCCCAUCACCCAGAUCAGCACUCCACAGGGCAUCCGCCUGGGCGUGCACCCAGACCCGGGCUCAGAGCACGACUUCUGCGGCUUCCUCGAGGUGCGGUCCAACAGGCGUGGUAGUGCCCAACUGCGCACAGUGGCCGGCGACUGGGUGGCACCUGUGCCCCAGCUGCCUUUCGAGGUGAUAGUCCAAGAACUGUACCCUUCAGCGCGGCCAUGCAGGAUGAAAGUGCCCCAGGGCUUUUGCUCUGUCGGCAUGAAGGAUGUGCCCCAGAAGCGGCACUUGGGUGAUGACAACUUCUGGACUGACACUCUGGCCAUGAACCUGCGUGAGACAUUUGAUGACACCUUCCUGGCAGCUGUGAGAGCCCACCAAGGGCUCCCCUCUCUGCCUGCCCCCACAAGCCCCCCAUAAACUUACUUUACUAGGCUCUCAACCUGAGGCAACCCAA